AUGCUGGAGGCCGACGUAAUCGAUGCGUUAACACAGUUAUUUGUCGUGGAUCUUGCGCUUGUAAAAGACAAUGUUGCCUGUGUCUUCGACGAAUUUGCAGUUGGAGAACGACCGCCACAACGCAAACGGGAUGGGGGUGGAGUCCUUCAGGUAGUAGUCGCCAAGGAGGGGCACGAUCGCCUUGGUGGCUUCGGCGGCGUUGUAGAACGGCAUCUUCGAAAAGAUGUGGUGCGUCACGUGGGUGUCGGCGAUGUGGUGGAUAGCACUGUCGAUCCACGACCCAAACGAGCGGUCCACGGUGCACAACGCUCCGCGCAACCAGUUCCAUUCGUCGCCGCGGAAGUGCGGCACGUACGUGUCCGUGUGCUGGAGAUACGUAAUGAGCACCAAGUACGCGUUGCACACCAUGUACGGCGCGAAGUAAAAGUUCCACACGUUGCCGAUGCCGUACGUGUAGAUGGCCGUCACGAGCAAGUACAGUGCGACCAAAAAGCAGAAGUCGCUCCACCAGAUGCUCAAUCGUUCCUUGGGCAAGAUGAAUGCCGCGUACGGGUUGAAGUGCGACUUAGCUUGACCUUCGUACUUGCUGGGGCCGGUCGCGUUGAAGAAGAGGUAGCCUGGCAUCCAACCCACACCCAACAUGAGGGUGAUCUUGUACAAGUUGUACAGUGGCGAGUCUUCCAAGAGCGAAUGGUCUGA